AUGGAAACAUUCAUUAUUUCAUAUGAAGUCUCAAGUCGAGGAAAAUUUUUUUCCAAUUUCAGAGCCAUUCUUAAUGACACCCUCACUCGCUCAUUCCAAUCUGACACAACCAAACAUUACCAUAUUAAGAGCUAUUACGUCAUGAAAUCAGCUCCUCUCACCAUUCACAAAUUCUUUGUACAUUUAAUUUACGCCUUCACUCUGUCAACUGCCACUUGGUGCGUCAUUGUGGCAUUUGCCAUUUUUGCAACCACUCGUCAAUUUAAAUGGCUCGAAGAAGACAUUACCAAGAAGGUCGAUCAAUCCCUCGACAAUAUCGCAAGCUUUAACAGUAAUUAUUCAGAAGAUUCCAAAGCACAAUUCGAUAGCACAACAAAUUCCUCAAUUCAUGCAAUGGCUCUUUUAAGCUCAACUCCAACAGCACGAGAAUUACAAACCAAAUCCAUGACAAUAUCGAUUCCUUCGCAAGCAAAUUCACCAAAACAACGAAAUGUUCUCAAAACAUCUAAGGACUCUGAGAUUCAGUAUAUUACUACAUUGUAUAUCAGUUGGGCAAUUUAUUUUACGGGUACCAUUUGUCUCAAUUUCACUAUUUUAAUUAGCAUUUGGAGAUAUUUAGGUCACUACUUUAACAAUUCACAGCUUCAAGUCAUUCCCAAAAAGGAAACAAAAAGACGUCAAAAAUAUGUCAUUGUGAAAAUGACACUUCUUCUCUUGCCAUACAUUUUAUGUGGAAUUUUUGAACUUGCUUAUUGGUGUUACAGUGCUGCAAGUACUGUUCUAGAUAAGGACGACGAAGGAUUUAUUCUUGUUUUUUAUAAUUUUUUCUUUAACACCAUUGUUCCAUUGAAAGGAUUCUUUUUUGGAGUGGCCUUUUUAUUUGGAGCUCCCAAAAUUAGAUCCUUUUUCUCCUACCUCUGUUGUUGUUGCUGUCAUCAAGUCAAACGCGGUCGUUACGACUCUGGAAUAUCCACCAAUUACGCACAUCCACAAUUGAACACUCAAACGUUAUUGACAGAACAAGAACAAGAAGAAGCAAUAUCAACGACGAAUGAUUAUCCUUCUCAAUCGCCCCAAAUAGGUACAUCUUCUCAUUAUUAUUACCUUAAUGAUUCGUCGAGAAGGGUUGAAAAUGACAAACGUCAAAAUGGUUGGAAGGAGGAUGAAAUUAAUUAUGAUGAAAUUGCAUUUGGACGAUUGGACUCGAGAGCUGAAAGUGUAAUUAUUCAUAAUCCAAUGAGUGGUAGCAUGAACCAUGUAAGAAUGAGACAAAAGACAUGGCAUGCUCAAUCGUCACUGUCAAAUGUCAACUCACCAAAUACUUCUCCAACACCUCAACAACAAACACAAAAUGACGACCGAGUGGUCGACCAAGUUGAAAAUCUAGAAAAUCACCAAUGA